AUGUUUGGCUCAGAUGAUGAUGUAACCGCGGCCAACAGCAACGUCAAUACGGCGCAAGGCAGCGAGGUCGCAGAAGGAGGCGCGGACGAGGGUGAAGGCGAGGGCGAGGGGGAAGGCGAAGGCGAGGGUGGAGGCGACUAUGUCCCUGCAACCGAGAGCAGCGCGGCCCGUAUUCCGUCCUUCAAGAAGCGCCGCGGGAGCGGGGAUGACGAGGGCGGUGGCGACGAGGAGCGACAGCGAAGGAAGAAGCAGAAGAAGGACGCCCGAGCGGAGCGCCGCGCGCGUGCAGCCGCCGAGGAAGAGGAGGAGGAGCAGCAGGAGGAGCCUCAGCUGGAUGAGGCAACGCGCCGGCGUCAGGCGCUUGAGGAGCGAAUUGAUGCCGUGGGUAAAACGAAUCGCGCACCGCGCCGCAAGAAGAAGGGGGAUGAUAUCGACAUUGUCGAGGGUUACCACGAUGACGUUUGCAUCCGUUUGCGCGACCGCAUGUACACGGCUGCCGAGGCGGACCAGAAAGCCAACAUGAAGAAGAUGCCAGCCACGAGCAAGUUGGCAAUGUUGGACGAGGUCGUGGGUGCACUGCAGAACACAACGCUGUGGUCGUCGAUUAUUGACAACGAGGUUCUCAAGGCUGUCAAGAUGUGGCUCGAGCCACUGCCCGACAAGUCGCUUCCCGCCGUGGGCAUCCAGAAGGCUGUCUUCGAGGUUCUUCCUAAGAUGGACUUGGACACGGCGACGAUUCGCGAGGCCGGUCUCGGCCCCGUCGUGCUCUUCUACACUAAGACGAAGCGCGUGACGCCAUCCAUCAACCGUGCGGCCGAGGCUCUGGUGCAGACCUGGUCGCGCCCAAUCAUCAAGCGCCCCGCCGACUUCCGCAGCCGCUACAUCCAGACCGCCGAGGACAUCGAGGUGCCCGAGUACGAUGACUACGACGAGGACGGGGAGCCGCGCGAGAGCCGCCCCCGGCUUAAGUCGAAGACCAAGUCCAAGGUACAGCGCUUCAACGUCGCUGAGGCACUCGUCGAGAACCGGGAUCGCAAGGGCGCGCGCUUGCCCAACGUCCGUGAUGUGCAGUACACGGUCGCGCCCGAGAGCCGGCUCACGCACCGCUCGGGCGAGACGGGGUACAUUGCGCGGAUCCAGCAAGACAAUAAGAAGUUUAACCGCUUUGCGCGCCAGCUAAAGGGCCAGAAGUCUAGUCGUUGA